AUGGUGUCUUCACAUCUCUCGAGUACGCAUACGUGUGUGCUCUUCGUCCAGCAGAGAAAUUUGCAGCAGUCUCUUAUCCUGCUGUGCCGGAUGCUCAACACGCUAAAUGAGGAAAAAAAGAAAGAGACAGACGAUGUGCUGCCGAGCCCACGGUCCUUGAUUGUUACAUGCUCUGAGUGCUGGGGUGUGCUUUUGUUGCUUCUACAACUUAGUGGGGAUGUGGAGUUAAACCCAGGUCCGACUGAAGAAAUGUUGAGACAAAUUCUUGACAACCAACAAACAAUGAGCGUCACUCUUAACAAUAUUCAGUCUAAACAAGUGCUACUCGAGAACUCUCUAGGAGCAGUCCAAACACGGCUUUCCCUUAUCGAGACUAACUUUGAAAGUUUAAACAAGAACAAAGAAAGAAUUGACGAGAAGGAAACUCGGAUACGUAAUCUGCUAAGCCACGUCGUUAAGCUCGAUGGGAAAAUAGAUUACUUGGAGAAUGCUAGCCGUAGAAACAACAUCGUAAUAUAUGGUUUGCAUGAGGAUGAGAAAGAAGACCCGAGGGAAUUGCAGCAAACAGUAACGGAAGGUAUCUUUAGUGCUAAACUACAGGUGGAGGUAAAAACUAUCGAACGCAUUCAUAGGAUCGGUAGAAAGAUUGGCAAUCGCCCUAGACCAGUGAUAUUACGCGUCAACGACUUUAACGAGAAAAUGCGAGUUCUGAGAAACUGCUUCAAAUUGAAAGGUUCGGUAAUAUCAAUUUCCGAAGAGUAUUCACAUAAUGUGCGCGCGAUUCGCAACAACCUUUGGCAAAGCGCUGCUGUUAAUAAAGAGAAUGGAGAUAAGGUUACGCUUAUUUUUGAUAAAUUGAAGAUUAACAAUGACUUGUACAGUUGGGACCCUGUGAAAUGUGAACGCGUGAAAUGUGGCCUGAAGCAAGAUUACACCCCCUACAGACCGUUUCCGCAAGAGCAAGAUUGA